UUAAUGGCGUAUGACGUUUUCUAUAAAGUGAUAAUAAUCUUUUAGUGAAACAUAAACAUUAGUGUUAACAUUAAUGAAAAGCAUUUGUAUUUAACUAUGUGUCCAUAACGUACGUACUAAAAUUGUGUUCCUGUAUAAUAGCAGUACAAAAUGUCUCAAAAUAAGGAUAACAAGAUGAUUUGUGGUGAAGAUGAUGAUGAAGAUUUGGAGACAUUGAGAUUAAUGGCUUUACAGUCACGGAAAAAUAAGCCAACUAUCAAACCUGCUGUGGAACAGGAACAUGUUUCAAAUGAUGAUUCGGAAGAAUCAGAUUCAUCUGUGGACAGCUUAGAUAAGUUAAUCCAAGACAUGGAUUAUGAGUUGCUAGAUACUCCAAAAGAAGAAAGGGUUUAUUCCAAAAGAAAAAAAAUAAAAAAGACUAAGCCUAAAGUUACAAAUAAAGUUGAUUCUAUUCCAACUGCGGAAGUAUUGAAUAAGGAUGAAAUUGUCAAACCUGUAUUAGAUAGCAAGUCUACUAAUGUGCUACAUGAAAGUGCAAAAGAACAGCCAGAGAUUAAUGAUGUUAUUAAUGACAAUAAUGCUGCUGCAAAAAUUGAAACUAUUGGUAGUAGAAUUCCAAUUUUAGGUGAAGUUGUUCCUCUAAAUGUACCGAAUUCACAUGAUGAGCGACAUGAGGGAACGGAUGUUCUUCCUACUCGUCAUGGUAUAAAGAGAUCUCGAAGUAGAAGUUGGUCUAGGGAGUCAAUUCCCUAUAGGCGGUCUCGUUUUUCAAGGAGCCCGGAACAUAGAAGUAUAUUUCCUGAUCUGACUAAUGUUCAGUUAUCUCCAAGAGCUUUAGCAUUUGUUUAUAACAACACAGGAAUAUUAAUAAAACGUAGAGACAGAAGAAGUUCAAGUUCGUCUGUACGUGAUUAUUCCAGUGAUUCUUCUAGUCGAAGUAGACGUUCUAUAUCUCCAUAUUCUCGGACUUUUAAAGAUGCUUCACCUCAACCUAGUCAUUCUGGACAAAUACAUAAUCUGAAACCUAUAAGAAGAAGCAGGUCUAAUUCAAGAUCAAAAUCACGACUUGGACUUUGUAGACAAAGAAUACCAAGCAAAGGUGUAAAUAACAGAGUACCUAGAAAGUGGAAUUUUAGGAAUGACAUUAAAAGAGCUCCUUUACGGAAGGAACCGGCUUUCCACAAUCGACGAAGACAGCGUAGUUGUAGUAUUAGUUUAAGUCCUAGCCCAGAGCCUGUCACAAAACAUCCUAUGAAUUUUGGAAGAGUGCAUUAUACUGGUUUUAACUCUAGAAAUAGAGCUUCAAAGUUUAAUCAAAGUCGGAAUACUUCAGAUACUAAUCAUUCCAAAAAUAUCAGUGAUCACAAAAAUUCCAGAAGCAAUGAUAGUGUCAAAGUAGCUCCGAAAGAAAAUGAUAUAAGAACUGAUCAUAAAGCACAAUCUGCUAACACAGCAGAUAUAUCAGCAAAUCAAAAUACUGAUAGUCGAAUUGAUGAAAAUGUUGAAAAAAAUCCUUCACCUGAUAUCACUGAAGAUGCCAUUGAAUUGAAUCUUGAUACCUCAAUGGAAGAUGUUUGGUCGUCAGAAUCAAGUGACGAAGAAAGGGAAGGAAGAUUCAAAACAAAUUCAAACAAAGAAGUAGUAGCAGGAUCCAAUACUAAAAUAUCAUUUUCUGCGAAAAACUCAGUCAAACCUAUUUGUGUAUCAUUAGACGAAAUCAUAAAUAAAGAAAGGCCUACUCGAAUGCAACAAGGUAAUAGAAAGUGUUCAAGAGGAAGUAGAAUGUUCAGAGAUAAUUGGGAGAAGAGAAAUAGAUCUAAUUCACAUUCCCGUAUUUCACGAGAUGAUAGACACAAGAGUUCUAAACAUUCUAUUACCACAAAUAAGUAUGAUAAAUCAAAUGCAGAUGUUAAAAGUGGACUUUUAACCAAUGGCACUGUUGACAGGAAAAUAAUAAAAGAUUCACAAUCAACAAGUGAUGUUAAGAAGGUUGAGGCGCCUGCAAAAAGAGUUGAAGUGCCAAUUAAAAAAGUUGAGGCACCAAUUAAAAAAGUUGAGGCCCCAAUUAAAAAAGUUGAACUACCAAUUAAGAAAGCUGAAGCACCAAAUAAAAAAGUCGAGGUACCGAUUAAAAAAAUUGAGGCACCGGUUAAAAAAGUUGAUACACCCUCAAGAAAAAUUGAUGUAUCACCUACGAAAAUCAAAGCACCCAAAAGAACUGAAACAAUUGUAAAGAAUGUUAUUUCUUUAAAGCCAAAACAAGAACAAAAAGAUAUAUCAGACCAAAAAUCUGUAACAUUAGAUAAGAAAUUUACUGAUGCUAUUAAAAAGAGUAAUGAUCUUAAAGCUGAUGAAGAUUUGAGGGAUACAUUGCAGCAAAGACGUGUAAAGCAAUUAAUUCCUUUGAAAAGUCAACAAAGCAGCAGCAGUAGGUUAGUGCAAUCGGCUCUCAUGGGGGCUGUUGCAUCAAGAACAGAAGCAAAGCGAACGGGCAAGCUGCCACGAAAUGAAAACAAUGCAGAAAAUGUUAUAAGUAAAACCAGACCAAACAUUCGCCAUGUUCUUUGGGUCAAUUCUGAUGAUAAAGAACUGAAAGUUGAAAAUACCAAGCAAAAUGCUGCUCGUGUACCUGUGCGGCUACGAUUGGGUGUUGGUGAUCAAUCAAUACAAAACUCUCAACGUUCAACAUCUAACAAGAAGCGCCGAAGAAGAGGUAUUUCAUCAAAGCACUCAAAUGAAGAUCUUCAUCAGGUGUAGUCUCGAACGUCUGCUGCUAUCUCUCAAUAGUGGAUGCAAGUGAUUUAUCAAAACAUGUUGACAAAAUUUAUGACUCAAGUGUUUUAUUUUAUAGAUAAAUAUAUUUAAACAUGUCUUUGUGCUCUUGAAUGGUUCAUGACUAUAAUGUUCAUUUCUUUUACGUAAUAUAGUUUUAAGAUGUUUUCUUGAUGAUUAUUU